UCUACUUACCUCACUCUGUCCUCGUAUCGAGGGAGGUCGAGGUUGAGCUUUACCAACAAAGUUCUUGAUACUUCAGAGCCUUUGCCGAUGGCGGCAGCUGCAGCUGGUUUCGCGAAGGAGGUACUGCCUCCGAGUCUCGACUCGACCUCGAAGCCACCUGCGAUCUUCGACGGCACCACCAGGUUGUAUAUAUCUUAUGUAUGCCCAUAUGCGCAACGCACCUGGAUUGCUAGGAAUUAUAAGGGAGUACAGGAAAAUAUUAAAUUGGUUCCUAUUGAUCUGGAAAAUAAGCCCGCUUGGUACAAGGAGAAGGUUUAUCCCGCAAAUAAGGUGCCAUCGUUGGAGCAUAAUAACAAGGUGAAAGGAGAGAGUCUUGAUCUGGUGAAGUAUAUCGACAAAUAUUUUGAAGGGCCAGCGUUGCUGCCCGAUGACCCUGCGAAACAGCAGUUUGCAGAGGAGCUGUUGUCUUACAAUGAUUCCUUUAAUAAAGCUAUGUACAGUGCAAUGCCUUCUAAUGCGGAUGUUGAUGAUGAUGCUGGUGCUGCCCUCGACAAGUUAGAAGAUGCCCUAUCAAAAUUUGACGAUGGACCAUUUUUCCUUGGCCAAUUUAGUUUGGUUGAUAUUGCUUAUGCUCCAUUUAUUGAAAGAUUCCAGACCUUCUUUGAGGAGGUGAAGAACUAUGAUAUCACCAAAGGAAGGCCUAAGCUGACAUUGUGGAUUGAGGAAUUGAAUAAGAUUGAUGCCUACACACAUACUAGACGUGAUCCUCAGGAGCUGCUGAUGAGGACUAAGAAGCGCUUUGGGAUUGCGUGAAGAAACCUUCAUGCUUCUGUUCUUCAGGUUCUGAUAUCACUUGUUUCAUCUUCUUCGUGCACAUUUUGAGGAAAAAAAAAAAAGAGGAACCGUUGGCCUACAUUUUCUUCAUCUAUAAUAAGAUUAAUGCAAUGAUAUAUGUAAUGUGGAAGUAAAACAUAUCUUUCUCCUAUUAAUUAGAGACAUGGAACCGUUUUAAGUUU